UUUGAAGGCACGCAAGCAGUGACUGAGUAAGUAAAGUCUAUAUAUAUAAACAAAACAAGAACCACUAUGAAAAACCCAUCUUUGUGCUAUUCUCACUUCAAUUAUUUUCACUAUAUCUCUUAUCUUCAUUCAAACUAAAACAUGGAUUCAUCAAACACUAUUCUUCCACUGCUGUCUCUUCCUAAAGCAGGUGAUUUUUGUUCUCCAAGACAAGUCUCUGAGCUUGAUGCUGCUGCAACUAAUAUUCAAAAGGUUUAUAGGAGUUACCGAACAAGAAAAACCCUUGCAGAUUGUGCAGUUAUUGUUGAAGAGUUAUGGCAGAAGGCAUUGGAACAUGUUGCUGCAACUAAAAUUCAAAAGGUUUAUAGGAGUUACCGUAGUAGAAGAAACCUGGAAGAAUGUGCAGUGCUAGUGGAAGAAAAUUGGCAGAAGCUGUUGGAUUUUGCUGCUCUGAAAAAGAGGUCUGGUUCAUUCUUUGAUGUUCAUUCAGAAACUUAUGUUCAGAAAUCUGAAAAAUAAAACUAUUGUUGCAUACAACAAUGCUAUCUUCCAUAGAUAAUUUCUUUUCUAGUUUAUUUAGAUUCCAUAAAUGAUUUCAUAGUCAAAUAACAUGUUUGGAUUGACUUUUAAAAGGACCAAAAGUAAUGUUUAAAUCAAUUUUAUCCACCAUCAAUUCAAACACAUCCGAAGUUGGUUCUUUGAUGUAAUCAAGAUAAUUAGAAUUUGUACCCAAUAGUUUGGUGGUAUGCUUUUUGUAAUUGUUUCUUUGUUGUUUAGUCUUUGUUGAAUGUUUCUACGUACUCUAAAGUGAUUAAGAAUUUUUCAUUUUCUAUAUGUUUUUGCCUUAAGGUAGUCUUAUAGGCAUACAUACAAAUUUGUCAAAUGUGAAUAAGCUCGGACAAAAACAAAGAGUCGAAGACAAUAUUUUUAUGGUGUUUUGAACUGGGGCUAAGGUUCAAUUCAUCUCAAAUCUACUAUGCUCAAUUUAAAGUAUAAAAAAAAUUCACAUGCAAAGAGCAAGUUACAAUUUUUAAUCUCCAAUUUCACUAUAUUCAUCUUGGAUUUUAAAUUGAAUUGGGUGUUGGAGUGUUAACCAUGCAAGUCCACUCCGCGCCACCUUAAAGGAGAUUGGAUCCACCAUUCAAGAUCAACAGUUAUCCAACUAUCUUCAUUUCUAGUUCCUAGGCGGAUCUAGAACAUCCACUUCUGACUUCUCAACGGAACAAUGACACCGUUGGUGGGAUACGACUUCUGAUUCCUAUGAUUUCCAUGAAAACCAGGUUUAUUUCACAAGCACUUUCGAGCAAGCAUGGAAGCUCUAGGUCUGGAUUCUUACAAGGACAGGUCAAAACCUCCAGUUUACCUGUUAAAACCUCCUUAGGUCACCUAAUCAAAAGCAAAUCACCCUUCAAUUUCCACACUUUCCAGGAGUUCGUAUUCACUUUCCAUCUUCACCAUCCACCCCAUUAUCAGAUCCCAAAAUCGAGAAACAACCAGAAGCAAACACGAAGAUCCAUCGUAAUUCAUUCGGCCAACCAUCGUUUCUACUCCAUUUCUUCGUAAUCCAGAUCUUCUAUUUCAUCGAGAACUUUCUAGAAUAGCAAAGAAAAGGCUUUAGAUCCAAAUUCCACAGGAAAGUGAAAGGAAAGUCACCCCAGACACUAUCCAACCUAAGAAGACGUUUCAAAGCAGAAAAUGAAUUCAACACAGAGCCUCUAUGAAGAACAACGACUAGAGCCUUCGAACACUGUCCAAC